AUUUGACAAAAAUGUCAUGGCCGAUGUCAUCGGCAAAGAGGAGGUCGUUUAAGAUUCUGCUGCUUACAUUGAUACCAAUCAUGUGCUGCUCCUCUACUGAUUCCCUCAUUACUGCCUCUGAGUCGAUGUUGAAGCAGAUCGGUGACAACGAGCAGUCUUGCUUUACUCCCUUCCUGACUCGAACCAUUCUGUCAAGUCAUCUUCUACUCCCGCUGCUGCUUGCUGGUCCCUGUAUAGACUGCUUAACAACUUGACCAAAUACCCUGAGAUUCCCAUUGUUUCCAUCCCCUUCCAUAAGGUUUGAUGUCUGAGUCAAAGGCUUUCUUGUAGUCAGUGAAGGCCAUGUAGAGCUCCACAUUGCUUUCCCUUGCUUUUUCCAUCAGUCACCUGAUGUUGAAGAUUUGGUCCCUUGUACCCACUUUCUUCCUAAAACCCAUCUUUGACAAUACUACCAGCACCAAAUGGCGAGAGGGUGACAAGGAAAUCCCGACGUACCCAUUGAAGUUCUCAGAUGGCUGGCAGCCUCCUGAAGUCACACCUCUCCACAGUGAAUCUGUGAGCAGACAGGAGAGUCCACAGCCUGCAGGGAGACAGGUGUUGGCCAACUGGGCUCCUCAGUAUCAACCACAAAAAGCCAGUUUGGGUGAAUCAAAGCCACGUCAAAUGCGCGUCAUGUAUGAUUUUAUUUCAAGAAACCACAGGGAGCUCACCAUCAGGAAAGGGGACAUAGUCGAGGUGCUGGACGUGUCCAAGCAGUGGUGGAAAGUGAGGGACAGCAGUGGCGACGAGGGCUUUGUUCCCAAUAACGUCCUGGAGACUUGUGAUGAAACAUCUAACCAGUAUCAGGAAAUUGAAGGUGUUCCUGUCCUGACAAGGAGGUCUAAACCUGCGGAAGUGAAAGCCUGGCUGGAAGACAAGGGCUUUAGUAAAAUCACCGUGCGCUGCCUGGGCGUGCUGAGCGGCUCCAUGCUCCUGGGGAUGACCAGAGAGGAACUGAAGACGCUGUGUCCAGAGGAAGGAGGACGAAUCUUCUUCCAGUUACAAGCGGUCAAGUACAGCAUGGCUGCUGCCGAAUAAACAGCCACAAUAGUGUAACUCUGACAGAGGAGGAGGAGGAGGAGGAGGGACUGGGACACCACUCUGAGAGCCUUACCUUCAUCAUUUAUGCGACAGGAAUUGAUAAACCGUCUCCACUGAAACCUGUGGUCACCUCUACGAGAGCAGUUCCCUUUGAAUUUGCAUGUAAUCAAAUCAAAAUCGUUAUAUCCAAUCAAGUGUAAAUAAAUAAAAGUACAGCAGACAAUGACUCAGUG